AUGACCGGCUCAAGGUUUUUGGUGGCUUCGCUCAUGCCAGCAUGGCUGGUAGCCUCGGUGAUCAACGCCGUCAUCACCGAGAUGAUUUUCCAGUUGAAAGUACUGGAGGUCGCUGGUGCCAUAGGCGCACGGGGCGCACGGGGUGGGGUCGUUCUGGGGGCGCUCUGGAACCAGGGUUGGUGA